AUGGCCGUCGCACGCUCGAUGCGUCGCACAAGCCCCAUUACGGUCUUCCUGGCUGCCCUGCUAGCUUUCGGAUUCCUUUGCUUCCUGCUGUCCCCUUCCUCCUCCGCCGCCGCCGCCGCUCCUGUCACCGAUUCCUCCUCGCAGCUACGACGAGAAGAUGCCGCCGAACAUCCCCUUUCUCCUCCGACGAAACCUUUCCUCAAAUCUCAAGCCGUCCGCGAAGAUGGCCAGAAAGCACCCCCGCCCGUGAUGCACUACAAUCUCAACGAGCUCAGCAGCACCAGCGAAUCCAUCAAGAAAGGGGAACGGGUGCUGAUUUUGACCCCAUUGGCCCGCUUCUACCAAGAAUUCUGGGAUAAUGUCGUGAAAUUGAGCUACCCACACGAGUUUAUCUCGAUUGGAUUCAUCGUCCCCAAAACCAAGGACGGUGAUGCCGCUGUCACCGCGCUGGAACAGGCCAUCAGCGAGACUCAGUCCGGUCCGGUUGACAGCCGCUUCGCCAGCAUCAGCAUCCUUCGCCAGGACUUCGACCCGCCCAUUCAAUCGCAGGACGAGAAAGAGCGCCACAAAAUGUCCAACCAGAAAGCACGCCGUGAGUCCAUGAGUCGCGCCCGCAACAGCCUCCUCUUCACCACCCUCGGUCCCAGCACCUCCUGGGUCCUCUGGCUCGACUCCGACAUUGUCGAGACUCCAGCCACCCUUAUCCAAGACCUGACUGCCCACAAUCGACCCGUGAUCGUUCCGAACUGCUUCCAGCGCUACUAUAACAAGGAUACCAAGAAGAUGGACGUCCGCCCUUACGACUUCAACUCGUGGAUCGACAGUUCGACCGCCGAAGAGCUGGCGGGAAUGAUGGGUCCAGAUGAGAUCCUCCUCGAGGGAUACGCCGAGAUGCCCACCUACCGCACCCUGAUGGCCUACAUGGCAAAUACCGGGGCGCCCCGUCCUAGCCGCGAAAUAGAACUUGACGGCGUCGGUGGAACCGCACUCCUUGUGAAGGCGGACGUGCAUCGCGACGGCGCCAUGUUCCCCGCCUUCCCAUUCUAUCACCUCGUCGAGACGGAGGGCUUCGCUAAGAUGGCGAAGCGAUUGGGAUAUUCCGUCUACGGCUUGCCUGAUUACUUUGUGUAUCACUAUAACGAGUGA